AUUUAAAUUUCCUGUUUAAGGGUAUAUAAACUACGGAUUCUUUGUGGAGACACUUAUAUCAAGACAGCGAGAAAGUAAAACCAUGGCAGGAGUGUGGACGGCUUCCCUCGUGUUCGGCUUGUUCGUUUGUGUCGCUAGGUCUCAGCAAAUUUAUCAUAACGAAAAUAAUGACUGCGUCCGUAAUGAGCAAACAAUGUUAAUUUUGAAAGAUCAGAUUAAUUUUCUAAAACAGGAGAACGCGAGAGAAAUUAAUUCCUUAAGGCAAGAGAACGCGAGAGAAAUUAAUUCAUUAAGGCAAGAGAACGCAAGAAAAAUUGAUUCAUUAACAAAGGAGAACGCGAGAAAAAUUGAUUUCUUAACAAUGGAGAACGCAAGGAUUAAGGAAUAUUUUGAUGAGAUGCUUAGCAUCCUGAAAAAAAAUAUUUCCGAUUCCGAAGAAGAUUUAAAGAGCAGUAUAUUGAAAAUCAUCACAAAUGGGUUAAACUUAAAGAAAGAUUGUAAUGACCUCUACAUUAAUGGUAAUACAAAAUCUGGUGUGUAUGACAUUAAUCCGUCUGGUGUAUAUAAGAUAAAUCCGUCUGGUAUCGAAAGCAAGAUCAGUGUCUUCUGUGAUAUGAUGGUUGUAGGCGGAGGUUGGACAGCAAUCCAGAAGCGGGUCAGUGGAUCCGUGAGAUUCAACAGGACGUGGACUGAGUACAAGACUGGGUUCGGGAGUCCUAACGACUCUUACUGGAUUGGGGAUGACGUCAUUCAUCAACUUACAAAGGGAAGGAACUCCUCCCUGUACGUUUCCAUCACACUUACCAAUAGGACAAAGCUCUAUGAAUUAUACAACCAGUUCUCUGUUGAUGAUGAAGCCAACCAAUACAGACUUUUCCUUGGAGGACCAGCAACCGGGACCCUGGGAGACGCUAUGCUAUAUACCGUGAAUUCUGCCGGAGACCUGUCCGGGAUGUCGUUCUCCACCCUGGACAGAGACCACGACAGAACUAGUGAUAACUGUGCUGUAAGUAAGGGAGGAGGGGGAGGCUGGUGGUACAACGCGUGUCACCUCGCCAACCUUAACGGUCCCUGGUCCCCGGCUGAAUGGGACAGUCCCUGGUCUCCUACCGUGAUGAAUAGUGGGGAGAUAAGGGAGACACUCAUGAUGAUAAAGCCCCACUGACUGUUAUAGCUUACAUAUUGAACAGUACAUUGUAAUUUGAAUAUUUAAUCCCUUUAAAGAUGUAUAUAGAAUAUGUGCAUUGAUUGAAAAAUGUAUAUUAAAUUUUAACAUUUAAUCGAAUUUAUAGUUAUGGAAAGUGCAUGUAAAUACAAAGUCAAAUACUUUUAUAUCAAAUCAUUAUGGCUUUAGUCUUGUUAUAACGGUGUCGUCGAUGUAUUAUUACAAAUAACAAACUUAUAGAUAUAAUAGUAUUAUGUGUUAUAAUUUUAAUGAACAGUCCUAUCACGUUCUGAAAACAAUGUUAUAACCUGAAAUCCUAAAACAAAGUAACCCAGCAAACUA